AUGGGCUGUUCAGGUUCCAAGGAGAUCUCUGAGGCUCAACAGGUUAACGCCCAAAUCGAAAGUCAAAUCAAAAGGGAUAAGAUCUCGCUUAGAAAUGAAAUCAAAAUGUUACUGUUGGGAGCCGGGGAAUCUGGUAAAUCAACAAUCCUAAAGCAAAUGAAACUUAUUCACGAAGGGUCUUAUACGAACGAUGAACGCGACUCCUACAAGGAAAUUAUCUUCUCAAACACCAUUCAGUCCAUGCAUGUCAUACUCGAUGCCAUGCAGCUCAUGCAGAUCGAACUCAAGGACCCAUCCUUGAUUCCUGUCGGACAGAUGAUCCAAUCCUUACCCAGCCAGUUGGACAAGACCUAUCUCGAUCCCCAUGUCGUCACAGCUAUCCGUCAACUUUGGCAAGACCCUGGAGUGCGGAAAUGUUUUGAGCGCAGUCGGGAGUACCAGUUAAACGACUCUGCGGCGUAUUAUUUUGACUCGAUCGACCGAAUCGGACAGCGUAAUUACGUACCAGACGAUCAGGAUGUACUGCGCUCGCGUGUCAAAACCACGGGGAUUACGGAAACCGUCUUUGUGAUCGGGGAGCUCAAGUAUCGGAUGUUUGACGUCGGAGGACAGAGAAGCGAGAGGAAAAAGUGGAUCCAUUGCUUUGAAAACGUGACAGCUAUCGUGUUUCUGGUGGCGCUUAGCGAAUAUGAUCAGAUGCUCUAUGAAGACGACUCAGUGAACAGGAUGCAGGAGGCUCUGAACCUAUUUGAUUCGAUCUGCAAUUCGAGAUGGUUCAUCAAAACCUCGAUCAUCCUCUUCCUCAACAAGAUCGAUCUCUUCAAGCAGAAAGUCCGAUACUCGCCCAUCCAGAAUUUCUUUCCAAACUUCCAUCCCCCUUCGAACCCGGAUCAAGAGCUCUGGCAGGCCGGUGCUGACUUCUUUGGCAAUAAGUUUGUCAGCGUCAAUCAGAGUCCCUCAAAGCAGGUUUACGUACAUUUGACAUGUGCAACAGACACAUCCCAGAUCCGUUUUGUUCUGUCUGCUGUUAAUGAUAUCAUCAUUCAACUCAACUUGAGAGAAUGCGGUCUACUGUAG